AUGGAGAACUUCCCGGCCCCGCUGAGCUCCGUCACUGAGCUGACCCUCCGGCCCAGCAAGGCCCAGCUCCUGCUGGGCAAGGCCGGCGGUGCCUCCCGGCGCAAGCGGGAGUUCAUGCCCGACGAGAAGAAGGACAACACGUACUGGGAGAAGCGGCGCAAGAACAACGAGGCCGCCAAGCGCUCGCGGGAGAAGCGGCGCCUCAACGACGUGGCCAUGGAGAGCCAGCUGGCCGCCCUCAGCGAGGAGAACGCCGUGCUCAGGAUGGAGCUGCUCUCCCUCAAGCUGCGCUUCGGGCUCGUCAGCCCGGGCAACACCCCCUACCAGGGCCGCUCGCUGGGGAUCUGCCUCAGAGGGCACAGGGCCAGCUCCCCGCUCCCGGCGCUGGAGCCCUUGGUGGCAGAGUCCUGCUUCCCUGUGAGGAAGAGCUUCAUGCCCAGGGUGGUGGAACCCGCUGACUUCUCCUAUGAAACCUUUGGCCCGCCCAGGAACGUCCUGGGCUGUGAGUCGAAGCCGCUUCCCAUGGACACGCCGGGCCUCCAGCAGCCAAAGAGGCUUGAGGCAUCCCUGGGCUCUCCAUUCCUCAGCUACCACUGCCCAGAUAAACAGCCCUUCCCUUGGCCUUGGUCGGGCAGCUCGUGCCUGUUGUGCCCUUCCCCCGGCGCCACCGAGGUGAGCAAAGAAAGCAGCACCGCUGUGUCAGACGAAGAUGAUGAGCAGCAAGUGCCCAAGACUUCUCCUCCGCCCCCCUGCAGCCUGCCCUGCCCUUCUGAGGAUCACCCGAAGGGCCGAAGCCACGCCGCCCUCCCUCACAAGCUCAGGAUUAAGACCAAAGCCCUCAGCAGUUUGGAGGAGGGUGGCCUGGACUCCCACUGA